GAUUUUGAUGAUGAUGAUGAUGCUGAGUACGAUGAUGAUGAUGAUGGUGAUGAUGACGGUGAUGAUAAUGAUGAUGGUGACUGUGAUGAUGAUGGUGAUGAUGAUGAUGAUGAUGAUGUUGAUGCUGCUGCUGCUGCUGCUGAUGAUGAUGAUGAUGAUGAUGAUGAUGAUGAUGAUGAUGAUGAUGAUGAUGAUGAUGAUGAUGAUGAUGGUGUUGAUGAUGAUGAUGAUGAUGAUGAUGAUGAUGAUAUUUUUGAUGGUGGUGAUGAUGAUGAUGAUGAUGAUGUUGGUGUUGAUAAUGAUGAUGAUGAUUAUGAUAAUGAUAAUGAUAAUGAUGAAGAUGGAACGAGCCGUUGAAAGUGAGACCUGGGUUGAUGUUAUGUGA